AUGCAACAGUUAUUCAAUCAAACAAUCAUUGUAACGAGGGACAGAGACAAGGAGCGGAGUGACCAAGACGCCUUCAGUUCACAGUUCAAAAAAUUACCUGAAUGCUCGAAGACGCCUUCAACAGAGCAUGCAAGAGGGAGACAGAGACACCGAGUGACCAAGACAAGGAGCAGUGGUGGAAGGGAGCGAGCCCUGUCGCGACGGCGGCGGCAAGAGGCGGUGGCUGAAGUGCUGAACGGAGGUAACUGCGAGAUCACUGUUGAGGCCAAAAACUUCACAUGCAAAUCCGAAUCAAACAGCACCGUAAUCUCUCUCCCGAGAAACGGGAAGAUAAUAGUAUCAGUGGCACAAGAAGAGUAUGCGAACAAUGGAAAUGCUACUGGGGAUUUAAAUUCCGAUGAUAGAGAACAUGAGUUCAUGCUUGUUAGUCCUAAAGAUGAUGCUGGGAUAAGCAAAUCCUACCUUCAGGAAGUUCUAGAGAUGUAUAAGGCAGAGCUACCAGGAAUGAAUUAUGCUGCUAAUACUGGAAAGCAAUCAAAAUUUCUUGAAAGAUGUGUGACCAAUGGGAAAUAUCGAACACUACUUCUUAAUUCCAGUUCUGUUGAAGAUUCCGGAAAGGUUAUAGCUGCAAUUACAUAUCAAAUCAUCCCUGCAGAUACAGAAUAUGCAGAGAUCCCACUUACAGCUGUGAGGGAAAUCUACCAACGGAAGGGUUUUGGCCGUCUGUUGUUUCUGGAGCUACAGAAGAGACUUCAAAAUAUUGGUGUUCGUUCCAUUUUCUGCUGGGGAGACAAAGAAUCAGAAGGAUUUUGGCUUAAACAGGGUUUUAUAUCAAUAGCACAGGUUGAUGCCAAAGGUAAAGCCCGCAGGUUUCCUGUAAAAGCUAGUAUUCGCAAAGCAUUAUGCUUUCCUGGUGGUUCAACUCUCAUGGCUUGCCAUCUAAGGACAGAAUUCUCAGCCGAUGCAGCUGACUCUAUGCACUGUCUUCCUUCACCUCUCUGUCAUCAUUCCUUGACACCUGCCAUUGCUGAAAAUGAGCAGCUGAAAUGUUCAGGAUUGCUGCACAUUGAUUUGAACCUGUCUAAUCAUUCAACCCAUAUCAUAGAAAGUAAAGAUAAAAGUCAAGCUGAAGGUUUGAUGAAAGCUGGAUCGUCAAGAGAAUAUGGCAAACUGUGUGGGCUUGACAGUCACAAUCUCGAACAUGGCCGCAGUGACAUUUUUCCUUUUGUCAGAGCAUAUGAGGACAGAAAUGCUACUGCUGCAGAAAAUUCACAGGAUGAAAUUGAUGAUAACAUGAAGCUUUGUCAUCUUUUUCCAAAAGGUGCAAAAAGGGGCUGGGAAUCCUCUAUAUCCUCAUUGAAAUCUAAAAGGGUGAAGGGAAGCCAGUUGGCUGACUGUCGAUCAGAUUCUAGCAACGGUUUUACAUCAGAGGCUAAUAGGCCCAAUCCUUGUUUUCAAGAAGUCCCUCGCGUUGAUCCUCUGAGUGCAGAAGUUUCUGAGAAAUAUAUGGAGGAUCAUGUACAAUUAGAAGCACCCAACGACAAGGAACUGCCGUCAACUAAACAAUCCUUUAGAAUUAUGUUAAUGAAUAUUGCAGAUGAUACUAAGAGAACACAGCUUUCAAAGGUUAUUGAAGACCUUGGUGGAACUGUUGCGUAUGAUGGAAGCAUGGUAACACAUGUUGUCACAGGAAAAGUGAGGAAAACUAUGAAUUUCUGCACUGCUCUCUGUUCUGGGGCUUGGGUGCUCUCAUCAAGUUGGUUAAAGCAAAGCUUUCGUGAAGGCAGAUUCGUCGAUGAGUUGCCUCACAUACUGAAUGAUGAGGAGUACAUGCUGAAGCACAAAUCUGAUUUAAAAAGUGCAAUCUUCCGAGCAAAAGCUAGCCCCCAUUCUUUGUUUAAGGGCUACAAUGUAUGCAUUGCAGCUCAUGUUCGAACUCCUGCUGACACUCUAUCUGCUAUUGUCAGGUCUGCUGGUGGUAAUGUUAUCAAUGGGCUGGAAAAAGUAAAUGAGACAUCAACAACAAUCUUUGUGACAUGCGAAGAAGAUACAGAAGAAGCAAUGAUGGCUGCAAAGAAAGGAAUCCGGACUUUCAGCAGUGAGUGGUUUAUGAACUGUGUUAUGAGACAGGAGCUUGACUUGCAGGCCUCCCAAUUCGCUCAGUCCUUAUGAGGAAGUAUGUCAGCAUGGCCAGUGAUUAUUUAUCUGGUGCAGUACAUAAGAAUUUCUCUGAUAAUUUAGUAAUUUUGCCCCUUUCUAUUCCACCAUUAAAAUAAG